GUCCCAGACGCGUUGAUCAAGGACGUGGUGUUCAGUGCAUUCUUCGUCUCGCUCGUAGAUGUGAGGCUGCUGAUGCUGGGUCCCUUCGCGCUGCUCAACGUCGCGGUGCUCGACGCUGUCCUGCUGGAUCCCGUCGUGCUGCUCAAGGUCGCGGCGCUCGACUCAGUCGCGCUGCUUGGUGUCGAAGGGCUGGUCCCAGACGUGCUGCUCGUAGACGUGGUGCCCGUUGCACUGCUCGUCUCGCUCAAAUGUGCGAGACUGCUGGUUCUGGACCCCGUCGUGCUGCUCAACAUCGCGGUGCUCGACUCAUUCGUGCUGGACCCAAUCGUGCUGCUCAACGUCGUGGUGCGCGACCCCGUCGUGCUGAUCAGUGUCGAAAUAUUGUUGCCAGACGUGCUGCUCAAAGACGUGGUGCUCGAGGGGCUGCUCGGCUCACUCGUCGAUGCGAGGCUGCUGGUGCUGCACCCCGCCGCGCUGCUCAAUCUCAUGGUGCUCGACCCCGUUUUGUGGCUCGACGUCGCGGUGCUCGAUUCUAUCGCGCUGGAUUCCGUCAUGCUGCUCAGCGUCGUAGUGCUCGAUUCCGUCGUGCUGCUCAGAGACAUGGCGCUCGAUUCUGUCGCGUUGAAUCCCGUCGCGCCGCUCAACGUCGUGGUGCUCGACUCCGCCACGCUGGUCAGCGUAGAGGUGCCGGCCCCCGGCGUGCUGCUCAAAGGCUCGGUGCUCGCGCGCAGUUCGUUUAAUUAUAGAUUACUCGUAGGUGCGAGGCUGCUGGUGCCAAUUCCCGCCGUGCUGCUCGGCGUCGUGGUGCUCAAUUCCGUCGCGCUGGAUCCCGUCCUGCUGCCCUCUUGGCUGCCAGUGCGGGGUCUCGCUGCGCUGCUCAACGUCGUGGUGCGCGACCCCGUCGUGCUGAUCAGUGUCGAAAUAUUGUUGCCAGACGUGCUGCUCAAAGACGUGGUGCUCGAGGGGCUGCUCGGCUCACUCGUCGAUGCGAGGCUGCUGGUGCUGCACCCCGCCGCGCUGCUCAAUCUCAUGGUGCUCGACCCCGUUUUGUGGCUCGACGUCGCGGUGCUCGAUUCUGUCGCGCUGGAUUCCGUCAUGCUGCUCAGCGUCGUAGUGCUCGAUUCCGUCGUGUUGCUCAGAGACAUGGCGCUCGAUUCUGUCGCGUUGAAUCCCGUCGCGCCGCUCAACGUCGUGGUGCUCGACUCCGCCACGCUGGUCAGCGUAGAGGUGCCGGCCCCCGGCGUGCUGCUCAAAGGCUCGGUGCUCGCGCGCAGUUCGUUUAAUUAUAGAUUACUCGUAGGUGCGAGGCUGCUGGUGCCAAUUCCCGCCGUGCUGCUCGGCGUCGUGGUGCUCAAUUCCGUCGCGCUGGAUCCCGUCCUGCUGCCCUCUUGGCUGCCAGUGCGGGGUCUCGCUGCGCUGCUCAACGUCGUGGUGCUCGACCCCGUCGCUGUGCUCGACGACGUUGUGCUCGAGUCCGUCGUGGUGGAUCAUGUAGGACUGCUCAACGUCGUGGUUGUCGACUCUGUUUUGCUGCUCAGUGUCGAGGUGCUGGUCCUGGAGGUGCUGGUUGGAGACGUCGUGCUCGUUGCGCUGCUCGCCUCACUCGUAGAUGUGAGGCUGCUGGUGCUGGUUCACAUUGUGCUGAUCAGCGUCGUGGUGCUGCGGGUGCUGGAUCCCACUGUGACGAUCAGCGUCGUGAUGCUCGACUUCGUCGAGCUGCUGAACGUCACGAUGCUCGACGCCGUCGCGCUGAACCCCGUCAUGCUACACGGCGUCGCGGUGCUCGACUCUGUCGCCCUGCUCCGCGCGGCGGUGUUGGUCCCGGACGCGCUCCUCAAAGACGUGGCGCUCGUUGAGCUGCUCGUCGUCUCACCCGUAGAUGUGAGGCCACUCGCGUUGCUCAACAGCGCAGCACUCAGGGCUGCGCCCAGCCCAUCCCCGGCAGGCAAAUGCGGGGCGCGGAGGUCGGGGGAACCAGGCAGGCGCCCAGGCCACCUGCUCUCCAACGUCGUCAGGGUCGGCCUGUUGUUCACCAGCGUGAUGGCGUGCAUCGAGAUGUUGGUGGCCGUCGUGCAGCUGGGCACCGUGGCGCUCGAGGGAGCGUUCGCCCCCCCGGUGAGCAUCAGGAAGGCGGCGCUCGUUGCACUUCUCGUUUCACUCGUGGAUGAGAGGCUGCUGGUGCUGGGUCCCAUCUCGACGAUGAGCGUCGCGAGGUUCGACUCCGUCGCGCUGGAUCCCGCCGCGUUGCCCAACGCCGUGGCGCUCGACCCCGUCGCGCUGUCCAGCGCCGAGGCGCUUGUCGCAUACAUGCUGCUCGGAGACGCGGCGGUCUUUGCACUGCUCGUCUCACUUGUUGCGGGGCUGGCGCUGGACCAGGUCGCGACGCUCGACUCACUCGCGCCGGACCCCGUCGCCUUGCUCAACGUCGCGGCGCCUGACUCCGCGGCGCUGAUCUGCGUCGCGGCGCCCGCUGCGCUGCCCGCCUCGCUCGUCGACGAGAGGCCGUUGGCGACGGGCCCCGGCCCCGUCGCGCGGCUCAACGCCGCGGCGCUCGACCCCGCCGCGCCGCUCGACGUCUCGGCGCUCGACUCCGCGGUUCUGGGCCACGCGCUGCUCAGCGUCGCGGCGCUCGACUCCGCCGCGCUGCUCAAAGACGCGGCGCUCGGCUCAGUCGCGUUGAAACACGCCGCGAUGCUCAACGUCGCGCCGCUCGACUCCGUCGCGCCGAACAGCGCGGAGGCGCUGAACCCAGACGCGCUGCUCAAAGGCGCGGCGAGCGUUGAACCGUUCGACUCACUCGCUGAUCUGAGGCCGCCGGCGCUGGGCCCC